AGUAGUAGAUUCGUUGCGUUCCCCACCGGCAGUCGAUUGCCUGCCCAUCGUCCCUCUUCCUCUUCAUUCCAAUCCCACACCACAACUCUACUCAACUCAACUCCACAAGAAGCAAGCAACUGCUUCUGCUUGCGAUUCGAUCUGAGACAUCCUCGGCGAGGUUCUUUUCUUCUCCUCUGCCUCUUCGUCAGUUCUAGAUAGAUUGGAUGUGAUGUGAGGCGGCUCAGAUGGAUAAUACUAAAGAGGAGUAGUGAGAUUUUCCCUAAAACAAAAAAAAGGAGGAUGGGGCUCAAGGUGGAGGAGGAUCCGGAUGGCGGUGAGAAAGAGAAAACAAGGGCACAAGAUGCCAUCCCCCGCCUAUCUAGCUGCAGCACCGACGUCGAUUCUGGCCUCUCUCUUUGCCGGGUUUGUCACUGCGUCGAGCCUGAUCUCAGAGGGGACUCCGCCCUUGCUUUCUUAGGCAUUCUUCCGCAUGCCGACGACGAUGACGACCCCAACUCCAAAGAUGUCCUCGAGUUUGUAAGCCCCCAUGGGGAGAUUUUUGUCUGCACCAGCACCACUGACCUCGAAUCAGGCCCCCUGCACCAUCUCAUCGAUCUGGGAUGCUCCUGCAAGAACGACCUUGCUCUUGCGCAUUAUGCCUGCGCACUCAAGUGGUUCAUCAGCCACGGUUCCACUGUAUGCGAGAUAUGUGGAAAUGUCGCCGCAAAUGUAAGGCCUCUGGAUUUCAAUAAGGUCCUUGCAUCCUUGAAGGAAUAUGAAGCUCUCAGGGAAAGGACUUCCACUGGGGACCUCUCCUACUUGCAUUAUCGGGCUGAUACAGGUGUGGAUCCAGAUGCCGUUGCAGCGAUACGAAGACAGCGCCUCAGUGAGAUAUCCUCAUGGUUCAACCCUCAAAAUUCACACAUUGCUAUUUCUCACGGCCAAACCGAACAAACACCCGCUAGUCCAAGUGAUAAUGCUCUAGACCAUGGCGCUGUGGCAGCAGCAAGAGUAGCACAUGCAAGAUGGACUUUGGAGGGUACUGGAGUGUUUCUUGCCAUUGGCCUGGGUGUUAUUGUUCUUACAUGGUUAGUUGCUCCUCAUGUUGGCAAGAAAGCUGCAGUGAUUUGUCUUCACAUGCUUCUUGGAGGUUUAUGCACGUUGACUAUAAUAAUAUCCCUGAGAUUUGUUUUCCCACGGAUCCAGUAUGGGUCUAUGCGAUGUUGGGCGAUCUUGUUUGUGUUUUGGUUCCUUGUUUUUGGAGUUUGGGCAUCACGGACCCACAGUAUACGCUCCUCGUGAGGAAUGGAGUUCAUGGUGAGAAAGUAGGUUUCUUUAUUGAUGCCAUCCACAAUCCACAUCCAUUGUGCAGCGAUAGGUCUUUCAUCUGUGUAUAUUCAUCACUAUAUAUAUUGCUUUUGUAUUUUUUUUCAAUUAAAUAUGUCAGAUGUAUAUGCUUGACCAAAAGAAAAAUGAAAGGUAUGUUAUUUGUGUUAAAAUA